AUGGAGAAAGUGCAAGACACAAACACAAAGCAGGUCACGUUUUCAAAACGUAGAUCGGGUUUGUUCAAGAAAGCUGCUGAGAUUGCGACUCUGUGCAACGCUGAGAACGUUAUAACAACGAAUCCGAAGACUCAGAUACCGGUGAACCAUCAAAGCAAUGGUAGAGGCAACAGAGCUAGACACGAGAAGAGGAUAUGUAAACGCCUCAACUCGAUCAUGGAACAAGUUGAAGCUGUGAAGAAAAGAGGCGAAGAUUUUCAGAAUCAGCUUGAACCUGCUGGAGAAGAGAAGUUUGACAAGCCCAUUGAGGAGCUUUCUCUUGAGGAACUCAAGGAAUAUGAAGAUAAGAUGAUGAACAGGCAUGGUAAGAUUCAAAGUAACAUUAGUCAAAUGCAAGUUUCGUCUACUCUGAUGCUUCUCUCUAUUGACACUCAAAAUAACUAG